GCCGUUGGCGGCGAGUGCCGGCGCGGGUUUGGUCCGGGACGCGCGGGACGGAAACUUUGCGGACGUCCUCGGGCCGCCAGGUCCUCCUCCAGCGAGCCCCAGCGCUGCAUAACUGUGCCAAUGGAAGGAAUCAGCAAUUUCAAGACACCAAGCAAAUUAUCUGAAAGAAAGAAAUCUGUAUCAUGUUUAACUCCAAGUGUAAACAUUCCUGCCUCUCCAUUUAUGAAAAAGCUUGGCUUCGGGACGGGAGUGAAUGUUUACCUAAUGAAAAGAUCUCCAAGAGGCCUGUCUCAUUCUCCCUGGGCUGUAAAAAAGAUAAAUCCUAUAUGUAAUGAUCAUUAUCGGACUAUUUACCAGAAGAGACUAACUGAUGAAGCAAAGAUUUUAAAAAGUCUUCAUCAUCCAAAUAUCAUAGGUUAUCGUGCUUUUACUGAGGCCAGUGAUGGUAGUCUCUGCCUUGCUAUGGAGUAUGGAGGAGAAAAGUCUCUAAAUGACUUGAUAGAAGAGCGAAAUAAAGAAAGCCAAGAUCCUUUUCCAGCAGCUAUAAUUUUAAAAGUUGCCUUGCAUAUGGCGAGAGGACUGAAGUAUCUGCACCAGGAAAAGAAACUGCUUCAUGGAGAUAUAAAGUCUUCAAAUGUUGUAAUUAAAGGUGAUUUUGAAACAGUUAAAAUCUGUGAUGUAGGAGUCUCUCUACCACUGGAUGAAAAUAUGACUGUGACUGAUCCUGAGGCCUGUUAUAUUGGUACUGAGCCAUGGAAACCCAAGGAAGCUUUGGAGGAAAAUGGCAUUAUUACUGACAAGGCAGACAUAUUUGCCUUUGGCCUAACACUUUGGGAAAUGAUGACUUUAUCUAUCCCACACAUUAAUCUGUCAGAUGAUGAUGAUGAUGAUGAAGAUAAAACUUUUGAUGAAAGUGACUUUGAUGAUGAAGCAUAUUAUGCUGCAUUGGGAACCAGACCACCUAUUAAUAUUGAAGAACUGGAUGAGUCUUACCAGAAAGUAAUUGAACUCUUCUCUGUGUGCACCAAUGAAGAUCCGGAAGAUCGUCCUUCUGCUGCUCAGAUUGUUGAUGCUUUGGAGCUAGAUGAGGAGUGACCAUGUUCACACUCACCUCAGCAUGAAGUAUGGCUUGUGUUUAUAACCGUUCUCUUCACUCAAUGUUUAGUUGCCAUGGUCUGUAGUCAUUGUACUCUGGACGGCCUAUUUUAGGGCCAUAUUCUUAGCAUAAGCACUUGGUGUACUGGGGUUUUCUGGGUCUAACAUUAAUUUGAAUCGAGUAACUGUUACAUUUAUUAAGAAUCUCAGAUAUUCUCUUUUACUGGAUCUGUAAAAUUAGCACUUUAUGUGGUACAAAGUAAGUGUACAUAUAUUUAGCUGAACUUCCUUGGCUGUUGUGUUUAUUAAAUGGUCUCUGGGACCUGAGGAGGCAUGAUGCACUCUGUGGGUAUCCUAGACUCUCCUUACAGUUUGUCCUGCUGCCUCAGCUCUCCCCAGACCUUUGGUGUUUAAUUUAUUAAAUUUGUUUUCCAUACUGAGAUUGUUUAGUUUUUAUUUACUAAUCUGUAUCCUAAGAAGCAUUUCAAAGCUGUGUUGAAAGAAUAAUAGGACAAUACAGAAUAAAAGACAGUUUGAGUACCAGAAA